AUGAUCCGAUCCAACGAGAUGGAGUUUCAUCCGGCGCCGGCGUGCGACUUGCAGCCGUGUUCGCAUUGCUGUAAGAAGUCACCCGGCCCUGCAGGUGGCGCUGUGCUCAGAGGCAGAAGGGUUUGGCGGGCGUGGCGAUUUGUGGAGCGUUUCCUGCGGACGCCGCUGUGGCAGCACGCAGCUUUCAAAAUGGCAGCGGGACCGAUCUCGGAGCGAAACCAAGAUGCCACGGUGUACGUGGGAGGUCUGGAUGAGAAAGUGUCCGAGCCGUUGCUAUGGGAACUGUUCCUACAGGCAGGCCCGGUGGUCAACACGCACAUGCCCAAAGACAGAGUGACCGGGCAGCAUCAAGGUUACGGCUUCGUGGAGUUCCUCAGCGAGGAGGACGCUGACUACGCCAUCAAAAUCAUGAACAUGAUCAAGCUGUACGGGAAGCCCAUCCGCGUCAACAAGGCGUCGGCCCACAACAAGAACCUGGACGUGGGGGCCAACAUCUUCAUCGGCAACCUGGACCCCGAGAUCGACGAGAAGCUGCUCUACGACACCUUCAGCGCUUUCGGGGUCAUCCUCCAGACCCCCAAGAUCAUGCGGGACCCCGACACGGGCAACUCGAAAGGGUACGCCUUCAUCAACUACGCCAGCUUCGACGCCUCCGACGCGGCCAUCGAGGCCAUGAACGGGCAGUACCUGUGUAACCGGCCCAUCACCGUGUCCUACGCCUUCAAGAAGGACUCCAAGGGGGAGCGGCACGGCUCCGCAGCGGAGAGGCUGCUGGCCGCCCAGAACCCGCUCUCCCAGGCCGACCGGCCUCACCAGCUGUUCGCCGACGCCCCCCCUUCCCUCUCCGCCCCCUCGCCCGUCAUCACCGCCAUGGGGCCCGGCAUGCCGCCUCCAGGCAUGCCCCCUCCCGGCGCGUUCCCUCCCCCGGGCCCCCCUCCCGGCUCCAUGCCCCCCGGGAUGAUGCCCGGGAUGCACCCUCAUUCGAUGCCCCCCUCUUCUGGAGUCCAGGGACCCCCGACAGGAGGAGGACCAGGCUCGGGACCCCCCCCUGGACCGCCCCCCUUCCCCCACGGAGCCAUGCACCCAGGAAUGCCUCAGAUGCAGAUGCACCCCCCUGGCCCCCCAGGAAUGGUGCCCCCUCCCCCUGGAUCCGGAGGCCAGGCUCAGCACCACCCCCACCCGCCGGGCAUGCACCCCCCCGGACCCCCACACAUGGGCAUGCACCCCCGAGGGCCCUUCGGACCACACAUGGGUCACCCAGGCCCGAUGCAACACCCAGGGAUGAGGGGCCCCCCACCUCCCAUGCCCCCCCCAGGCUACGGGGGCCCUCGGCCCCCUCACUUCGGCUACCAGAGAGGACCGCCCAUGCCCCCCCGACCCAACAACCGGCCCCCGGGCCCCCCAAGAGGACCCCCGCCCCAGUGAACUCCGGACUGUCGCCCCCUCAACCCGAUCUUUUUAAUGAUCCAUCUGCUUUUCUGUUCAUCCCUCCUUUUCUUUUGUUUUACUCGGCCGCGGCUGGGAGGGAUUCGCGGAUUGUUUGUAGGAAUGCGGCGGCCGGCUUUUUUUUCUUGUACAGACCAAGCGAGCGCACGUACAUUAUGGGAUGGAUGGAUGUGUGUGUUGUCAAGGAAUAAAACUUUUAAUACAGUGUUGACUUGGA